AUGGGCAUAGCAGGCGCCAAAAACUACGAGACAAUCUACGGUCUCCGGUUUUUUAUUGGUUUUUUUGCUGCUAUCGCAUUCCCCGGUUUUGCAGCGUUGCUUGCGGCUUGGUAUACGCCUGCUGAGCUCGGGAAGAGGAUGGCGCUGUACGAGGUGUCGGAGAAUAUUGCGGGGAUGUUUAGUGGGUAUAUUCAGUCGGGGUUUUGGCUGUUUAUUUUUGACGGGUUGAUCUCGCUGCCUAUUGCUGUCUGGGGCUUUUAUGCUAUUCCUGAUCAGCCUAGGGAUACCAGAGCAAGGUGGUUGAGGCAAGAGGAACGCACACUCGCCAUCGAACGUAUGGACCGCAUCGGCCGUAAAGCUGUCAAGAAGAUCAACUGGGUACGCUUCAAGCGGUUGUGGCAGACCUGGCAUAUGUAUCUUUUCGUCGCUUGCUAUGUACUUUACGGUGCCUUUUCCUGGGGCGAUGGCUACUUUGGGCUCUGGCUCCAGUCUCUGAACUACAGCGUCGAGGACGUCAACAAUAUCCCAACAGCUGGACAGGGCGCCGCGGUGGUCAAUUCGAUUCUGAGUGGUUUCGUGUCGGAUUGGCUUGAGAAUCGUCCACUGGUUAUUGUUAUUGACAUGAUGAUAUGCCUUUUGGGUAACGCCUUUCUCGCCGUCUGGACAGCUCCAACCGCUCUCAAAUUCGUCGGCUACAUCUUCAUCACCACAGGCCUCCCCGCGCAGUCUCUGACAAUGACCUGGCUGAGCGAAGUCUGUCAGGGCAACGCCAUGCUACGCGGAAUGAUUGUGGCUAUCGGGAACACAUUCAUCUAUGCCAUCACUGCCUGGGCAUUAGUCUUGCUUUUCCCGGCUGAGGAUGCGCCGCAUUAUAAGUAUGGAUAUCAGAUUUGUGCUGGAUUUAUUGGGUUAGGCGUGGUUAGCGUAUUUGUGAUUUUGUGGGCUAUUUGGCGCGAUGUCAAGACUGGGAGGGCGUGGAGGAAUGAGAUUGGGUUGUUGGAGUAUGAGAAAUGGAUUAGAGAGGAUGCAGAGGAUGGCAAUGAUGGAGCGUUGCCGACACGUAGUACUGGUUGA